UAUAUAUAUAUAUAUGUGUGUGUGUGUGUGUGUGUGUGUGUGUGUGUGUAUCUAUCUAUAAAAUUGUGCAUAAUGCUGUCAUGUUCAUAGUUAUUUUUCAAAUGUUGAAUCACUAAAAAUUAUUUUAAGUGAACUAUGUUGAUGUGUUUUUUUCCCCUGGAACACUGCUGAGUAUAUCUUUUUUUUUAAAUAUGACCUUAUUAAGUGUUUGAUAUCUAGUAUACAGAUUGUAUUGGAGAUCCAAUACACAGCUCCUGCCUUGCAAAAAGAAAUGCAUUAAAACACCUGUGGAAAAGAAAUGGGAUGCACAGAAUAGAAAGGAAGGUUGGAAAAUUCGGUCCUUCAGAAUUAAAAAGUUAUUGUAGGGCUUGUAAUUUGUGGUAAAAAUGUACUUUAGAGGGUUUGCAGUUUUAUGAAUGGCCAACAUUAUGAUUCUAUCGUGAUAUGUGUGGAACAAUUAACAUGGAUGCCACUGGAAUUAUACUGAAUAGGCGUUAUUUGAGUGGAAAAUUCAUUUAUUUGCAUGGAACAUUACCACACAUAGUACCACUUAGUAACUAGCUGUACCACUAAAAAUGGGUUAGAUAAUUACGUUUAUCUAUAAUGAUCUAUCCCUGACUUGUAUCAAAUGACAAUUAGACUGAUUUGUGUACAAUUCAGCAAUGUCAUGAUGAUGGUAAUAGAGCAGUUGACAGCAAGUUCAUUUGGAAUGAAUGCUUCCCAUAAUGCUCCAGAGGAGGAAGCUGAAAUUUGACGUUGUUGUUUAAUCAUGGUACUGCUGGGGACUGUAAGGAAAGAAAGUGCUCGCAAUCUGAACAAAACCGCUUGGGGUCUUUUCAACACUGCCUCGCACCGGACUCAUCACCGGACUCGAACUCGCAACCUCGGGCAUGGGAAGCGGGCGUACUAGCAAGGAGGCUAAAACCAAUGCAAACUCACUGCCCAGCAUUGUAUCUGCACUCUACCAUUACAUUUGUCAGCAGGAAUAUCAGUGAACAGACCAGGCAGAUUUCCACUGUAGAUAUUGACAUUUGUCAAGGAGCCCACAGUUUGUAGGUACGCCCCUGUCAAUGAAUGCCAACACUCGUAAACUGAGAGGUUGUGCUAUGAGUAACGUCAGCUGGUGGACGGCCGCCUUGGCGUGAGCGUCAGCUGACAGCGUUGAAGCUACCAUGGGCGAAAAUGGCUCCCUCCCCGAGUCGGCCAUGUGCUUCGAGGAGGUGGCGCUGGACGAGGAUGACAGGAUUGGCGGCUAUGACCGGGACGACGAUGAGGACGACAAUGACCUGGACGACAAUGACGGCUGUGGCGACGACGGGGGCAGUCUGAUACACCCAUCCACGUCCUGCAUGGGCCGCAUCUAUGACCGCACCACAGUGCUCAUCGAGCAGGACCCAAUCCGGCUGGACGAAGAGGGGGAGGAGGAUGGCCACUGCGGGGCAGACGAGGACAGGAUGACCUUCCUGGACGAAGGGGAGGUGGACGAUGAUGAUGACGACGAUGAUGAGGGCGGCACGUUGGUCUUCAUGGGCGACCCGGACGGCAUGGCGCAUGGCUACGUGCACCACACCAUCUCACCGGAUCAGAUCCAGUUCACCAUCAACCCGGGCUCUACACCCAUGCCGCGCAACAUAGAGGGGGCCACGCUCACCCUGCACUCUGAGUGCCCGGAGACUAGGCAGAGAGAGGUGAAGCGGUACCAGUGCACGUUUGAAGGCUGCACGCGGACCUACAGCACGGCAGGGAACCUGCGCACACACCAGAAGACGCACCGCGGCGAGUACACAUUCGUGUGCAACCAGUCGGGCUGCGGCAAGGCCUUCCUCACUUCCUACAGCCUCAAGAUCCACGUGCGCGUGCACACCAAGGAGAAGCCCUUUGAGUGCGAUGUGCAGGGCUGUGAAAAGGCCUUCAACACACUCUACAGACUGAAAGCCCACCAGCGGCUGCACACGGGGAAGACGUUCAACUGCGAGUCGGAGGGAUGCACCAAGUACUUUACCACGCUCAGCGACCUGCGGAAGCACAUCCGCACGCACACGGGAGAGAAGCCCUUCCGGUGUGACCAUGAUGGAUGUGGCAAAGCAUUUGCAGCAAGCCACCACCUAAAGACCCACGUACGGACACACACAGGCGAGAAGCCUUUCGGCUGUCCCAGUGAUGGCUGUGCGAAGGCCUUCAGCUCUCAGUACAGCCUAAAGAGUCAUGUCCGUGGUCACGACAAAGGCACCCCCUUCACUGUCAACCUCAGUCACCCGCUAUCUGAAGACGCAAACCACUCGCUGUGCCUCAGUGAUCUGAGCCUCAUCUCAACGGAUUCAGAGCUCCGAGAAAACCUCCACAAUUGUCACAGUCUGGACCUGAACAGUGUGACCCCAGUGAGGAUAUUUGAGCUGAUGUUCCAGAGCCCCGACAACAGCGUCAGUCAAGAUGACGUGCAGCCCACUGAUAGCUUAGUGGAGGCGUUUGGCCUGGACACCCCCUCUCAGCCUGCUGUGACGGACACCCCGGCCCUCCUCCCCACCUUCUCGCAGGCCCCUUCUUCAUCCUCCUCUUCCUCGCCCCUGGCCGGCCCGGUCGUGUCCCUGGACGUGUCCCUGCAGGCGGUGUCCGUGUCCGUACCCUCGCAGCCCUCCUCCACCACGCCGCUCCCCACCCCCCCAAGCUCCACCUUCGUGCCCCUGAGCGCCUCUGUGCAGACGCCAGAGCUUCAGACCAUCUCCGCGGUGCCUGUAGCGACUGGCCCUCAGCACUAUGUGGCGCUGCAGCCUAAGUUUCUCCAGCAGGAUGGCAGCUCGGCAUCACAGCCUGUCGCGGUGACGGUGCCACCGUCGGUACCCGACGCAGUCCCCUCGGUGCCAGACAGCUCCUCGACGGUUGUCGCCACGGAGACAGAUCCUCCCAGUUUGACUGCACCUCCCCCUCCUCCUCCUCCUCCUCCUCCUCUUCCUCCUCCUCCCACUACUACUACCAUCACCAUAACACCCACGCACGGCAUGCUGCCGCCGGGCCUGGUCGUCUCCAACCAGGACCUCCAGUGGAUCCUCAGCAGCGCCACCAACUCGCAGAUCAACUCAGAGCAGCAGGGUACUACGAUGGAGAAAGUGUUCUUCACCACAGCCAUACCUGUUGGAGGAACUUCAGGAAACCCUGUUCAGCAGAUCGGCCUGAGCCUGCCGGUCAUCAUCAUCAAGCAGGAGGAGUCGUGCCAGUGUACGUGUGCUUGCAGGGACUCCACAAAGAACACCGCUGCCGCCGCCUCCUCCUCUUCCUCCACUUCUAAAUCCACCUCCUCUAAGAACUCGUCAUCCUCUUCGUCAGUACAGCAGCCGCAACAGCAGCCUGUAGAGCCUCCUCCUCCGACUACCCCUCCACCCCCAACCCCACCCCCACCCCCUUCUGUCAGCCCCACACAGAGCUGCCCCGAUAAGCCGGACGAUCCAUCGCCCCAUGAUGGACACACGCAUUCAUCCAGUCAGCCUUCAUCAUCGCCAUCAACAACAACAACAUCAUCAUCAUCAUCGUCCUCCGCCUCGACAGUCAGCUCUCAGACUUUUCCUUUAGCCGACACGGCUGCUACAGACCCCCUCCCCCCGCCAGCGACCGACGGGUUGGCUAUCAUGGACGUGUCGGACUUCCUGUCUCUGCAGAGCCCUGGGGGCUCGGCCAACAUGGAGGCGCUGCUGCUGGUGCCCGACGACUUCCCCAUGGCCGAGGGAGGCACCCACAGCGCCCCAUAGAGGACAUCCGCCCCUACCACCCACCGCGUCUCCCUAAACCCCCGGCCUACCCCCCGCCGCCACGUCCUCAUCAUUUUUUUCAUCCUCAUCCCUCUCUGCCACCUCCUCUUCCAGUGCUGCAAACUCACACACACACACACACACACACACACACACACACACAGACUGGGCCGUGAGUUGCACAUGUGCGGAGCCCCCUUGUGGCCAAUCAAUGGAAUGCACAGAAACAUUUCCAGUUUGUCCCACCAGACCAAGCUGGAUCAGAAAGCUGCUGUGCAUGUUGCUCGUUUCACAUGCAGCGCAGGGCAGCGUGAUGCUUUGUGAUUCCGCCUCGCAGUGUGUCUCCGCCCACUGUGGAAGCAGAGCCUCAGCCGAUGGCUGUCCCUGCCUUUUGGUAGAGAGGUAGUUUGUUGACUUGCCACAUUCACUGAUGUUACUGGACAAAUUGCGUUACUUGUCAUAACAGUACUCCUCUGUGUCUAUAUCUAUAUAUGCAGCUUCAAAGUGAUCAAUGCCUGAAUUUAAUCAUCCAAUGAUUGAUUCACUUUUUGUUUUUCUGUGGUGUCAUCAGGGACAUGCGUAAAUUGAAAAAAAGAGAGAGGAAAUUCCUUGAUUUGGCUCAAUUUGGCUCUGGAGAUAUUUAUGUGCCAGUACUUGAGGAAAUUCUAUCAAGCUCUUUCUGAGACUGCAUAGUCACUUUUGCAUGAUGUGUAACAUGGUUUUUGUUCCUGAAAGAACAUGAAGCACUGAUUUGCCACAAACUGUAAUGAAAUUACACACUAUGAUGUUUCCUAUCCAUGUACUGUAGUCAGAAGCGCUCUCUGAUAUAGACACAUUUAGUCCAGGAUUGACUAGAAUGUACUGCAUGUAAACAAAUAGCAACAACAACGAAGGAAAAAAAAAAGGCGUUGGCAGUAGUCUUCUCUGGAGUAGUUGGUAGUUUUUAAAAAUCAUUGCAAGGUCACUAUAAAUGGCAGUUAAUGCAGCUUUUUCCCUUAAAGCAAGGUCUAGCGUAUGCCAUGCCAACGUGAAGAGUAGCUGAUCAUAGAUGUUACUAUGAAGGCUAGUGUAGUCCAGGAAAUGUGAUGGCAAUUUUGACAUUCUUUUAUUUCACUUUUAUAAAGAAAGACAAGGACAAAAAUAACUUUGCUUGCCUUUUAAAAAAUAUAUGUAAUAUGUAAUAUAGUCUUUACAUUGGUAAAAACAGCUGCCUAUAACUAAACUAGUAUUUAAUUUUGAUAUGUGUUAAUUUAUUUGAAUACUUAAUUGCUAUCAUCAGAUCAGCUCUUCUGUUCUUACCGUUUUGUUUUUUCUCUCUCACUCUCUCGUAAAAUGUCUACACCCCAGCUUUGUAGACCAAGACCUGUUGCAACCAUGACGACGUGUGGGUUUCUUCUGACGGCAUUCUCACUCGGGGUAGUGGAAAGGCUCAGGUUCAGGCUUACGUUUCUUCUCUCCUUCCUUUAGGAUGGUGUUACUGAUUCCAGGCUUUCGCCCAGUCGUUCUCUUCCGCACCCCCACCCCUACCCCCCUCCAUGGCUGCCUGUGUGUUCGCAUGCUAUAAGCUCCAGAAGGGCUCUACUGAAGAAGAAAAAAGAAACGUUUAAUUUGACAAAGUUGAUUUCUUUUUUUUCAUGCAGUGAACAGAUUUAUUCUGUUGGUGAACGUCAGAGAGGGAGGCACACACAAACAAGCCUUCCCAUGUGCAGAUCACCCAAACUGCUCCCUGUUGAGGACAGAAAUUGGCCUCCUCCUCUUCAGUCUACAGUCUGCUAACCCCCCCACCCCCCGCCCCAGCAUGACCCUCUCAGGGAUGAAAGUUGUGGUAGAUGAGAUUCCAGAUCUGGAGCAUGAAAUGCUCUAAUUUAGACCUUAAACACAUCACCUGCUGACCAGCAUCUGUCAUCCGACUUUAACUUCUCUCUGUAGUGUCUUACAUCUGAACGGCUUGCACUACCAAUUGCCAGUGUAGUUAGUCUAACCCCACUCCUAAUGAGUAGUCCGUAGCAUAUGGCCCUUGCUCGUACACCACUGCUGUAGUGAGUAUUGUGUUGUGAAUGAGUUGAUCAUAAAUGUAUAUAUUGCACAUUUGAUAAUAGAAAUACAAUUAUUCCUUUAGAUUGUAUUUGAAUUUGUAUUUUUGUAUAGACCGUGGAAUAUUUUAUGUUUUUGAGAUUGAAGACCGACCCUAUCCCACACUGCCCUUUGCAUCCUUCUCUAUGAUUGCAGACAUGCACUAAUUAUGCAGAUUAUUUUUGUCUGUUUACUUCUUUGUUUGUUUGUUUUCUGCUUUUUAAAUGAAGCCUUGUGAUGGUCCAACUGUGGUAUUAGUGCAGGCUCUCGUGACCUUCCCCAAACAAACUGUGUUUCUGAUGUGCAUAUGUGAUGGGUGUCCCCUGCAAGUUGAUAUAAACUCUUCCACAAUGUGUAGAGUAAAUAUAUUUAAUUGCCUUACAGCCUAUCAAUGAUUACAGUUUGAAGGCAGUUUGCCUCUUCAGUGUUCUUCUUCUGAACGUGUUUGCCUUUGACUAACUCUAUGACUCUGGUCAUCUGUGUACAUGUUGCCAUAGCGUCUCAAACGCACGUAACACAGAAGGCUCAGUUGGCAAAACGAAAACAUCGGUCCAUUUCGUUUGCUCAGUUGGUGUGUGUGUGUGUGUGUGUGUGUUGUGUCAUGGCAUGCCAACGACCAUGUUCUGUGUGUGAAUUAAUUUCUUGGGUGUGUGGUUCAUUUUCAGUCCUUACACACCCUCUGCACUGCAUAGUUCAUCACUGUAUGUGUCCAGCUCGUCAUAGAAUUUAUUGUGAGUGUUCAGUGAGCAACACUCUUAAUAAUAGCUUUUGUCAAAUGGAAAUGCCCUAUCCAAGAAUAUUUUCCAUCUUCUAAUAUCAAAAAGGCAUCAGAGCAGAGGCUUCCUGUUAUUGCUUGCAUGCAUGAUUUCAUUUCCUGUUGUCUUUGAUAAUAGGGCAGGGUUCUGUUGUGUUUAUAUAUACAGUAUGUAAGCACUUGAUUUCGGAUCUGUUGAUGUGUCUUUUUCGCUUCUUUUGUUGUUUGUAAGCAUUCUUGUUUGCUGUAUUUCUACAUGUAUGUAUGUAUGUGGUGCAAUGUUUGAGUUUGGAUUGGAGGUGGGACGACAGUGAAUGUUAGAUCAGCUUGAUCCUUGUCACUACUGCAAGAUCCUCACCAUUUCAACCUCAAAAUGUUGAACUAUGCAAGACAUCUUUCCUCUUUUUCCCUUAUCAAAAGAUGCCAAUUUUUGGUCAUUGUUCCAUCUUUUUAACAAAUAGCUAUUACCAACCCACAAGUAAGACAUUGUUUAACAGUGAAUCAAAUUUCCUUAAUAUUCAGGAUUAUCCAGGAGGCUCUCAAAGCCAAGUCCACCUGAUCUUGUUUAGCUGAUAUGCUUUUCUUUUUUUUUUUUAACAUAUUUCUUUUUUUUGCAUUCUAAAUGCAUUUGUCUAACACAUUGCAUACAAAAAAAUGUUUUGGCAUUGUAUGUGUUAUCGUGGUUUGUGGCUGUUUUAGGAGGAUUCUUAAAUGGUCAACAAUCACUACCACCAAGUUACCAUGUUGAGGACCACAGGGUGUACCUGAAAAAGAGAGGCUCUAUAAUUCUGUUGUAAGAAUUAUUUUCAUCAGUAAAGGAAAAAUGUUCUGUAUCGUUUCAAGGAAAAAAAUGUUUGAGGAAUACAAUAUAUGUUUGCAUACUCAAACUGUAUGUCAGUGAUCAUUUAACUUCCCACCUUCUUUCUCCUUCUCUGGCCUUCUUGAGCUACAUCACCAUGUUGCUCUGAAACCUUGAUGUUACCCAUUACCCAGAAGAAGAAAAAAAAACAGGGAAAAAAAACACUUACCCAGUCCACUGGAGCUGGAUUUUGUUUUUAACGAACAGCCGAUUUAGUUAAUGAAUAAGUCAGAACAGCUCCUGUGCAGACUUCUUUUUUUAUUUGUGUUACGGAGUGGUCAAGUGCUUUGUCAUGAGUUUAUAUGUGCUACUUCGUAAGUCUUGUGUUUUUUCAUUCAACAUAAGGUUGCCACGGUGAUCAUAACGCUCUAAGAAAUGGAGGUUAGGAAAUGCAUGUUAAGUAAUCACAUGAUGCGCAAGAGUAUAACUAUGGGGGGAGGAGGGAGUAAACACUUCCAAAGGAUUGUCUUCAACAUCCAAAGAAUGAGGUUUCAAAAUGUAAAGGAUCUGUAUUUUUAAAAGAAUGUAUAAUGUGAAAAUUGUCUGCUUGUGCUUGUUUUGUAUAAAGUAAAUAUUGUAUUAUGAGAAAGUAAUAACUUUGAAUUGAAAGCAAUACUAAUUAAAUCUCACGGCCUCUCUUGUUUGUGUCAACAGCGACACAUAAACAUUAAAACUGAGCUUUAUUAAGAAA